AUGCCACCUAAGAGAGAAACCGAUGAUUCGACAGCAACGCCUGCCGAUUCUGAACAAGCCGCCGAGAACCUACCAACUGGAGGUGAAGAUGAUGACUCGGAAGACACAAACUUGAAAAUACCUUCAGAGGGAGGUUCAGCAAAUGCGACAGCAGAGCAGGAAGAGGAUGACGCUGCCGCUAAGGCGCGUCAAAGACACGAGAGAUUCAAAGCUCUUCAAGCUCGCGCAAAAUCCGGAGCUGAACGCAAUCUAAAAGAAACCGCCGCAGAAACCCAACGUCUCGCUACUGACCCUGCGCUAAUGUCUAACCUAUCACGCAAGCAUGCAUUUGCAUCCCAUAACCUGCUGAAAGCCGACACAGAAGUUUCGGGAGAGGAUUUCGAGCGUAAACGUGCGUGGGAUUGGACUGUCGAUGAAUCCGAAAAGUGGGAUAAGCGGAUGAACAAAAAGCAGCGCCACCGAGACGAUGUCGCAUUCCAGGACUACACCCAAGAUGCGCGCAAGGUGUACAAGAGGCAGAUGCGCGAGCUAAAUCCGAAUCUCGAAGCUUAUGAGAGGGAGAAAAUGGCCGCGAUCGAGAAAGCUGCAUCUAAUGGCGACCUUGAAAUCGUGGAAACCAGUGACGGUGAGAUGAUCGCAAUCGACAAGAACGGCUCAUUUUAUUCCACAGCGGACUCUGUUGGGUUUGCAGAAAAUAAACCGGAUCGAGCUGGGGUUGACAAGCUUGUGGGAGACUUGAAGAAGGCCGAGGAAGUUCGUCUCAAGAAGCGCAGGGACCGUCGUGGCGACGACGAAUCCGACGUCACCUACAUCAACGAGAAGAACAAACAAUUCAACAUGAAGCUAUCGCGUUUCUACAACAAGUACACAACCGAAAUUCGGGACAGUUUCGAACGCGGUACGAUGAUUUGA